AUGUAUUUAUCAUCCACCCUCACCCCACCACCACCCGAAUCCCAACCAGUCAAACCCACAACCACCCGAAUCACAUCACCCAAAUUUAAACAUUUUCUAUCCCUACCACCCAAACCCAAUACCAUCCUCACCCCACCGCGUAAAUCUGAACAGUCCCUCACCCCACCACCAGACACCACCCUCACCCCACCACCAGACACCACAUUCACCCCGCCACCCAAAUUUAAACCAGCCCUCACCCAACCACCCAAACCCAAAACCACCCUCACCCCACCCCUCAACUCCGAACAGCAGGUCACCCAACCCCCAGACACCACCCUCACCCCACCACCCGAACAAGAACCAUCCUUCACCCAACCCCCUGAACCCAAUACUACCCUCACCCCACCACCCAAAUUUGAACAGUUCAUAUCCCUACCACCCAAACACCAUCCCCCCAAACCCAAUACCACUCUCACCCCACCACCCAAACCCAAAGUGAACACUGACCAAAAACUCGAAAAAGCGACGCACAACGAACUAAUCGAUAACAAGCACGGAAAAACAAUUUCAAAAAACGAUAUUUACGAGAAUAUAAAUGCCAAAAACAAAAACUUCAACGACAAAACACAAAUUACUCAUAAAAAAUCCGAUGUAACUGAAGACAAAGUAUUGAAAACGACUGCCAAUGACAACAAUUCAAGUGCAAGCAAAAACAAAGAGGGGUUCACCAACGAACAAUGGAACUACCGUGAAAUUCCUACGGAACGCUCGUUAUCUCUGCCGCGCUACGGCGGUUUGUCCCUUCUCCUUAUCCUGGAUGGAGAAUACCAUCCUGAGAAGCCUCGUCAGGAUAAUGCUGCACUGAAUACUUCGUAG